AUGGUGAACACCGGACAUCCGAGCAGGGCCUGCAAGCUUUGCCGGGCCCGCAGAAUUAAGUGUGACGAGACAAGGCCACACUGCAUCAAGUGCAGGAAAUCCAAACGGCAGUGCCCUGGGUACAGAGACCCCUUCGAGAUCAACCUGCGUGAUGAGACCCAGUCGACCAUCAGGAAGGCAAAGGCGGCUGCAGCGCAGAGGAGGACAAGCCGGCAGGAUGACAGAGAGACGUCGUCGGAUGAGUCCCCGACCAAGUCGACGCAUUCCGCGAGCGGCAGCUUCGCACGGGGCAGAGGAUCGCCGCACGCCUCCGACGGCUCGUGGGAAACGCUCACCCAGUCAGCCUGGUCCUCGCCGUCCUCACAGGUGGCCAGCAUAAACAGGUCCUCCAGGUCCCCGACUUUCAGUAACGGCUUCGGAGUAUUCGACUUUACUUACUCGUCGCCGACCCAGGAUAAUUCGUUCGACUUCAACUCGGCAUGGUCGUUGCCGGCAGCAGGCUACUCGAUCCCCAUCAAACGAGUUGCCGAGGCUCUUGGGUCCUGGGACUUCAGCCGCUCCUUCGACGGCACGACUUCAAGUUGGGGAUGCAGUGACAGCUUCAAUGCUGUGGGGACAAGCGUCGCCCCGGUCUGUCCGGGACUGCAAACGCCACUCGACGAGCAAGCCACGUGUUUUUUCCUGUCGAAUUUUGUCCUGACUCUCUCGACCGGCCAGAACCCCGGCCUGUUCAGCUUCGUGCUUAAGAUCCUGCAAGCACCUGGAAUCAAGGAAACACCUUUCCCGAUGGCAUUCACCGCCGUCUCACUGGCGGCUUUGGCCGGAAGGCCGAAUUCGAGACACCUGCUACCAAAAUCUCAAAUCUACUAUAGCACAGCUCUGGUGCAGCUCAAGGAAGUACUACAAGACAAGAAACGCGCCACGGAUGAUACGACGCUGGCCACGGCGAUUCUGAUGUCUUUUUAUGAGUGA